AUGACGCAGAAACCCGUACUGAUCUCGGGCGCUGGCCUCGCUUCGCUCUUAUUAGCAAGGUCCCUGCUCCGCUCCAGAAUCCCCUUCCAGAUAUUUGAGCGAGAUGCGUCCCUCGCCUUCCGAGGCCAGGGCUAUCGACUGCGCCUCUCGCCAGAGGGUCUGGACGCCAUUGAAUCUGCACUCGAUCCUCCCAGCUGGCACAAGUUCUACGGGAUAUGCAGCAAGACUGGUGGAGGUGGCUUCGUCGGCUUCAAUGCGGUCACAGGCGAGGCGCUCGAAGAUACAGGCGGUCCCAUCGGUCCCAAAGGGCCGACUCGCGAAAGUCUGGGGAGUAGAGGAGGCAAAGUCGUGGGCAUUGCUCGGGGAGAGAUGCGAAGCUUCUUCAUCGAAGGAUGCGAAGAGUUUGUCCAAUGGCGGAAGCAUGUGACAGGUUACGAGAUGGCGGAUGAUGGGCAAGGAGUUCGAGCAGUAUUCGCGGACGGUUCGAAGAGCGAGGAAGGCUGUCUUCUUGUUGGUGGAGAGGGGAUCAAGUCAUCUGUGGCCAAACAGGUGUCUGAUGGCAAACUCAAAGUAUACGAUCUCGGUGCCCGAGGCAUCCAUGGACAAGCACCAACCACUGCUUUUAAGCAGCUGGGCGAAGGUGUGUUCAGAUUCGUUGACGAGAGCAGUACAAACCGCAUCUCAGUCAUUACUAAUGUGCGUCCUGGCGACAUGGACGAUCCGAACAUUCAAUUCGGAUGGACUAUGGUCGGAAUGCCUGGCGCGAUCCAAGCCCCUAACGACGAUUAUUCCAUCGUUGGAAAGGUAGCUGCCGACCUUGCCAAAUCUCUCACAAAGGACUGGCAUCCCAGGUUCAAACCUCUCAUUGACAACAUUGUGGAGAACGAGGCCGCUUUCUGGAAGAUUACCUGCUCGACACCGACCGGCCCACCAGUUUGGGAGAAUAACCCGCGUGUCACUGUAAUUGGUGACGCAGCACAUAGCAUGACACCAGCAGGUGGUUUAGGAGCAAACACUGCAGUCAGAGACUCUGCACUGCUCGGCCGUCUCCUAGCAGAGGCUGGAGGGUGGGCAGAAGGCAUCACCAAGAGAUACGAGGACGAGAUGCGCGUGUAUGCGACUGAAGCCGUUGGACAAAGCUAUGGAAUGGCCUCGGGUCAAUUCGGCGGCACGAUCGACGAGAACACUCCGACAGUCUGA